UAAAUGACGUGCGGCAUUUUGGCAAUGAAAACUGAAUGAAGAAUUGCUGUAACGGAAACUUUAACUAUAAUUCAUGCUUUAGGAUAUAGGCCUGGAACUUUAAAAUCAGAUUCGAUUGAUAUCAAUGAUAUAAAAAGAUGUUACGUGAAUUAUUUGCUAAACUGCAGUUCCCCGCGAUGGAUUUUACGUUUGUAAAAGAUGUGUUAGCUUAUUCACCGGCAUGGUCUCCAGAAGGAAUAAUGACUGCUAUUAUAGCUUUUACAUGGGUAGUCUACAUUUGGGAAGCCUACUUAUCUUAUCGUCAGCAUGUUGUAAUGCAGAAAGUUACUUCUGUGCCUCCAGAACUAGCAGGAGUCAUGGACCAAACUACUUACAAUAAAGCUAGGCUUUACAACUUAGAUAAAAGCAAAUUUUCCUUUGUUUGCUCAUUAUAUGAACAGAUUUUCCAAACAGCAGUUUUAGUGUUUGGUGGUAUUCCUUUCCUAUGGUCUGUAAGUGGAAAAGUCACAGCACAUUUUGGAUAUGGAAAAGAGCAUGAGAUUACACAUACUGUGGUCUUUUCUUUGUUGGGAGCCUUUGUAAAUACUAUAAUAGAUCUGCCAUGGAGUAUCUACCUGACAUUUGUGAUUGAAGAACGUCAUGGAUUUAAUAAGCAGACUCUAGGAUUCUUUUUUAAAGACAAAGUGAAGAAGUUUAUUGUUCUGCAAGCUAUUGCUUUACCUAUACUUGCAUGUGUUGUCCAUAUUGUCAAAAUUGGCGGCGACUACUUUUUCAUCUUUCUGUGGCUAUUUUGUGUUGUGAUAUCAUUGCUUAUCAUGACUGUAUAUGCUGAUUACAUAGCUCCUCUUUUUGAUAAAUUUACACCACUUCCUGAAGGUGCAUUGCGAACUCGAAUUGAAAAGUUAGCUGAAAGCAUUGACUUUCCUUUGAAGAAAUUAUAUGUUGUAGAAGGUUCUAAAAGGUCUACUCACAGUAAUGCCUACUUUUAUGGAUUUUACAAAAACAAGAGAAUCGUAUUGUUUGACACUCUAUUAGAGGAUUAUACUCCUGCAAACAAAGAGGAGAAGAAAGAGGAAAACAAGGAGGAAGAGGAACAGGCUCGUAAAAAGACAGGAUGCAAUGAUGAUGAAGUUGUGGCUGUUCUCGCACAUGAACUUGGGCAUUGGAAGCUUAAUCAUGUUUUAAAGAAUUUGAUCAUAGCACAGGUAAACUUUUUCCUCUGUUUUGCUGUAUUUGCAUUGCUAUACAAAAAUCAGUCCCUGUAUGCUGCCUUUGGUUUUUUCAAUGAGCAACCUGUCAUCGUUGGUCUCCUGGUCAUUUUCCAGUACGUGUUUUCACCAUAUAAUGAGGUGCUAUCUUUCUUAAUGACUGUUCUUUCUCGUCGAUUUGAAUUCCAAGCAGAUGCCUUUGCUAAAUUACUUAACAAAGCAGCUGACUUGCGCAGUGCUUUGGUGAAGCUAAACCGUGAUAACUUGGGUUUUCCUGUGCAUGACUGGUUAUUUUCUGCAUGGCAUCAUUCCCACCCACCACUGCUGCAGAGGAUUCGUGCACUCGGAAAAAUUGAUUGAUGUCAACAUUUGUACUAUUCCUAAUUUGUGUGUCUGCUUAAUGUAUAAAUAAAAUGUUCUUUUUUUAUGUCA